ACAGACCUCUCUAGUCUUCACAGGUUAUCUCGAGACCGCUUGUAGAUUCGGGUGCCGUCCGAUAAACAAGGAAUAAUCGCAAUUGUACGAUUCGCUGCCAAUAAGUUUCACCGGUUGUUCGAACUUUGCUGAACUUUGACGAAGCUGAAUCUAAUGCAAGAGAUACCAGGCACGAGUAAAGAAAGUUAAUUGAGAAUGUCAGUUUGUUAAUUCAUACACAUGAAAAAAAAGAAAUUUAUUGCACGCUGAAAAGGACUGAUAAGUCUGUCCGAGUGUCACGUGUACUGCAUGUUCUCGUGCGAUAUUACGCAUCGCACGCCGAUGACUUUGCUUUUUAAAGUUUCCAUGGGAAAAGUUUCGUAUAUAAAUUGAAAUAACACCUCUGUGUACGAUGAAUAAAUUAAAUGCCAUGUCGUCGAAUGUUGACUUGGACGAUCCAAGAUUUCGCAUUAAACCGUAUCAACAAAUUGCGGCCUCUUGCACUGGUGCGGUCAUUACGUCAAUAUUUGUGACUCCAUUGGACGUGGUAAAAAUACGCCUUCAAACACAACAGAAGGCAAUGCUUUCCCAUAAGUGUUUUUUAUAUUGUAAUGGUUUAAUGGACCAUUUGUGUCCUUGUGCCAAUGGCAAAAUGCCCGAAUGGAUGAGAAGAAAUGGAAAAUUUAAUGGGACAGUUGAUGCUUUAGUAAAAAUAAGUAAAACAGAAGGUAUGACAUCGUUAUGGAGUGGUUUGAGUCCUACUCUUGUCCUAGCUGUGCCUGCAACUGUUGUAUACUUUGUUUCGUACGAGCAGUUAAGAUUAUAUCUUAAGGAUACGUACAAUAGGAAAUUUAACAAGAAAGGAACCAAUGUAGAACAACCUUAUUGGAUUCCUGUAUUAGCUGGUGCCACAGCACGAAUUUGGGCUGCAACAAUGGUGAGUCCAUUGGAGUUGAUAAGAACAAAAAUGCAAUCACAGAAACUAAGUUAUGCAGAAAUAACACAGGCAUUGAAAACGGUUGUGAGAUACAGUGGUAUUUCGGGUUUGUGGAUGGGAUUGGGCUCGACACUUCUUCGUGAUGUUCCGUUUAGUGCAUUAUAUUGGUUAAAUUAUGAGUCUAUAAAGAGGCUGUAUAGUUCGUAUGCUUUGCAACAAACUUUUACUUUUAAUCUGACAGCAGGAGCUAUAGCAGGAUCUGUAGCAGCAUUUUUCACUAUUCCCUUUGAUGUAGUAAAAACACACCGACAACUUGAAAUGGGCGAAAAAGAGAUUUAUUCGGAUAAACCUAUUCGUAGCAGUACUACAUGGGCCAUAAUACAAAGAAUCUAUCAACAGAAUGGAUUAAAAGGUUUAUUCACAGGAUUAACGCCACGUUUGAUAAAGGUAGCCCCAGCCUGUGCGAUUAUGAUCGCAACUUUUGAACAUGGCAAACGUUUCUUUCAAUCACACAAUGCUAGGAAGAGCAUCGAAUUGGAGAUUGAACGUGACGUACAUUUAUUGCGACACAAACCUAAUAGUACAGAAUGAUAUACUUGCUACAGAUCAAUGUACAGAAUUAUAAAUAAAGUUGUACAUAAAAAUUUAGUUUUUAAAAUUUUAUAUAAUUAUCUAGAUAAGUUUGCAUUAUAUUUUUAUAGUUCUCAGUUGUUACUCUGAACAAAAUAAAGAAAAAAGGUGUUACAUUGUUGCAUUUUAUACGUAUGUAUGUACAUAUACAAUACAGUAAACUAUAGAAAUGCGAUGUAAUUCAAGUGGGUGUAAAUGUAAUUUAAUCAAUAUCAAUGACGUAAUAUUGUAAGUUUUCGAAUAGAAUUUUACUCUGUAUUAACUUGCGUUGAUUUCGUUUUGUGGUCUACAUACUUUUGAGUUGCAAUGUCCUGUAAUUACAUAUUACAUGUUCAUGGGAUAAAAAAUAUCCCGAAUGUAUAACAUUUAUUAACGAUCUCUUAAAAGCAAAUCAAAUCCACAAAAAUUUCAAAAGUAAAUCUAAAGUAAAAACUUAACAAACGCAUAACAACUUCCAUCUUAUUGUAUGCAUCCGAUUGCAAAUAUAAUUAUAUUUAAUAAUAAUACAUUGCAGUUAUAAUU